AAAUCGAAAUGACCAAUGAGCUCCUAAGCGGAGCUGGACGUUGCUGUGGCAUUAAAGAGAAUGGAGAGUGGGCGGUAGACCAGAGGCUCCUCGUUUCGAUGUGCGUCACAUUCCGUGUAAGGAAAGCAUCACGUGGGGGACUGAAAGUCCCAGUUUUCUUUGCUGUCCAACACCUCCAAAGUCAGCAUUUAGUAUGAGCUAGCCAGCUAACCGGGGAGAAGAGACUCUGGGCGUAAAACUCAGUCUAAGUAAGUAGUAAUUAAUAAUCACCAGAGACAAGUUUACCAGAAAUCCUCACCCUUCAGUUCUAAGGAUGCACCGUGUGUGAGAAUAACUUGCAAUGCUAGUAACAAUAAUUGUCAGAGUACUGCAUUUUGUUUCUUGCUUUGAAGACCUGAAGUGAUAGCAAGUCAACUUUUCUUUUCCCCCCUUUUCAGUCCUUCGGUGGUUAUGUGUGCUGAGAGCUGUAACAGUCAGUGGGCUGUGUGUGAUCAUUUCAUUCUGUCUAUAGGCAAAUACUGCCAAGCGCGGGUCGUGCCGCUCCUUUGUCUUGCCGCCUGGAAAGCGCCCAGAGCUUGCUUCAUUUUGGGAAUAGUUGCAAGGUCAAGUCCACGAUGACCGAUAAUGGAAGCGAACGAAGGGAGUCAGAACUGUUCAGCAAAGAGCUAAAAGGUUGCUAGUCGUUCCCAGCAAUAGCAGGACAUCGCGGCUGCGAGAGAAAGUUAAAACGAUGCAGAUGGCACUCUAAGGAGCUCGAUCCACUGAACAGAUUCCAUUGGACAUCGGAUUGCGCUCCGCUGAACGGAUCCCUUUCAGUUUCAGGCUGUCGACACAGACUGGAUUCUAUCCCUCCACAGGAGCCCGCUCUUUCCUCCAGGAAGAAGACAACACCAUGAUAGCUACAGGGGGUGUAAUAACAGGACUGGCAGCCCUGAAGAGACAGGACUCAGCUAGAUCACAGCACUUUCAUCUUCCUCCUCCAUCCUCCGCUCCAGUGAAAAGGAAACCCAAACGUAAGCCCAAAGCCAACAUUGUCGUAGUGAGAGGCAAAAUCAGACUCUAUUCACCUUCAGGAUUUUUUCUUUUCCUUGGAAUUUUAAUUUUGAUGUUUGGGAUUGCAAUGGCAGUCCUUGGUUAUUGGCCACAGGAAUCAGAUAAGAGAUAUCCUGUCGCUUCGAAAUCUGAAAUUCCACACAAUGGGUCCCAUGUGACAACAGACGAUGCUGGAAUAUUAAUGGAGUUUUUUGAGCAGCACUUACACUCUGAUAAAAUGAAAAUGAUUGGCCCUUUCACCAUGGGGAUAGGGAUAUUUAUAUUUAUUUGUGCUAAUGCCAUUCUACAUGAAAAUAGGGACAAAGAAACCAAAGUGAUUCAUAUGCAAGAUAUUUAUUCCACAGUCAUUGAUAUCCAUAGCCAAAGAAUUAAAGAGCAGAGACACAUGAAUGGUGCUUGGAUUGGCCAAUCUGGGGAUUCUGAAGCCAAAUGUUCUGACAAUCAAUGUGCUGCUAAACUGGCUGCUAAUGUAUUGUUGUCAUUUUCUGGGUCAUCUAACGAUGGAAUCACUCCACACAAAUGGAAUACUUAUGAGGAAGAGGAUGGACUGACUAAGAAUAUUACUACACUCUUACACCCAAAAAAUUCAACAUCGUCAGGCUUCAGCAGUAGGCAACAGACAGAAUCUCAAAGAGAGAAGUGUACCUAUCCUAAAAAGUGUGAAACUAAAUCUAUUGUUUCAUCUUCUCUCAGUGCUUUCACACUUCCUGUUAUUAAACUUAAUAACUGUGUGAUUGAUGAGCCUGAACUUGAUAAUAUCACAGAGGAUUCUGACCUCAGUAAAGGCAGGGUUAGACAUACAUCUAUGACAUCCUUAAUAGUACCGUCAACUGAUAUUAAUGAUUUCUAUAAGCCACCGAAUCCACGGUUGUUAAGAAGUAACAGCACAAUAACAGAUGGAAAACCACCCACCAUAUCUUCUGGUGCAUCCAUGGGAAGAUUUCUAUCACCAAGUUUCUCCAAGAAAGAAUAUGGAUCAAACACUUCACUUCACAUGUUGUCCUGUCAUUCAAAGUCUUUGGACUUGGAGGGAGGUCCCUCAACACUCACAGUGCAAGCAGAACAAAGAAAGCAUCCAAGCUGGCCAAGACUUGAUCGCAGUAACAGCAAGGGCUAUGUGAAACUGGAAAACAAAGAAGAUCCAAUGGACACGCUACCUGUCCCACAGGCUAGUGUAAAAGGCAGUUAUACAAAUAAAGAGAAAUUACUUAUGAUCUCAAGAUCCCACAAUAAUCUAAGUUUUGAAAAUGAUGAAUUUUUAGAUAACAAGUUAUGGCGUGGAGCUUCAGAAACAAGGUUUUGAAGGAGCAUUGGUUUGUACCAUGUGUUAUAUUUUAAGGCACUUUUAAGAAAUGUAUUUACGUGAGAAGUGCAUGUCUAUUUUGCAGAGAUGUUAUUUUCAGUACAAAUUAAAGAUUGAAUACUUGUAGAUUGUGAUCAGAACUGGCAUCUUUGCAUCUGUGGGAAUUCUUUUCAUGCUGGUUUGGAGUGUCGCAGAUAUAUUUCAUGCUGUGUUUGUCAGUUCUGCAUUAACCAGCGGCUCAGGUAUUGGCCAAAUUCAAAUCACAGUCCAGACAGAUAAUAGCACCAGAAUGGUAUUUAGAUUUAUUGUUCAUCUCUGAUGAAUGGACAGGAUUUACAAAUCUAAAGUGUGAGUGGCAUUAAAUCAAAGCAAAGAAAGUAUUAUUUUAAUGUCGAAUAAAUUGGGAUGGGAGUGUUCAUUCUUUGAGUACAAAGCUUGAGUCUGUGUAUUGGACCGUAUUUUGGCAGGUAUUUUCCUAUUAACGUCAUAUUAGUGUCCUUAAUAUACAUUUUGCUAUUUU